ACUCUCUCUUUCUCUCUCUCUCUCUCUCUAGAUUUGAUUUUUAUAGCAGCUUUUGUGUGCUUUUGAAUUCUGUCAGUUUAGUCCAAGGUUGGUUGCUGCUCAUAAUUUAAUCCGAUUUCUUUUUAUUGGCUUUUGACUGUUUAAUCACUGCAAUUCAACAUACUACAUGCUAUCUUUUCUAAAUUUCUAGUUUUGUUAGUAUUUUUCCUCACAAGAUUUUAAACUACUCUAAUCUACGAAGAGGACGAUUCGAACUUGGUGCAAGGGGAAGCAUACUGGCCUAACCCCGCGUCUCCAAUUUCAUGUUGGUAUUCAAUUGUACAUACCUGGAUUGCAGGUGAAGGGCAAGCUAACAACGACACUCUAAGAAAAGUUUAUUGAACUCUUCGUGUGACUACGCUCAUAUAGAAGAAACGAAGUCCUUGACUUCAUUGUCCUGCUGAAACAUGUUAACACAAAACUUGAACUUGGAAUUUGAAAAUGAUUCAGAAGUCACGGGCCAAGUAACUUCGAGCAUACCUCUGCAAGAAGAAUCUCCUGACCCCUCUAAGGACAGCACAACCACUUCUUCGUGCCUCACAAAUCAGAACCAUCAACAACAAGAUCCCGGACCUGUUUCCCUUGACUUGACACUCCAGUUUAGCUCAGGCGACACUGAAUUGAAGGGCACGGGGGAGACUAGCAGUGAAGCAGUUGCACCCCCUACUUCAGAAGGAACAAUCCCAAGGGUAUUCUCAUGCAACUACUGUAAGCGUAAGUUCUAUAGCUCACAGGCACUCGGUGGCCAUCAGAAUGCUCAUAAGAGGGAGAGGACAAUGGCCAAGCGUGCUAUGCGUAUGGGAAUGUUUCCAGAUAGGUAUACUAGCUUGGCAUCUCUCCCCUUACAUGGUUCUGCCGCUUCAGCGUUCCGGUCUCUUGGUAUCCAAGCUCAUUCUGCAGUGCACCAAAACACAAUGAUAACAUCAGAUCAUCAGAGGUUCCCUGUCCCCGACACAAGAGGCGUAGCAAGGUUUCAUCAGGGCUAUAUUGGAGUGCCGAUGUUCAUGGACGAGGAUGAUGUGGGCAUGUUUUGGCCCGGGAGUUUCCGACAGGUGGGUGAGGAAGCUGGAGGUCAUCAAUUAGCCCAAAAUCCAAAUAUGAAUACAGGAACAAGCAUGGAACCAAGAAAUAGUACAAGUUCGUCUUCACCCGAUCUAUCUCUAAAGCUUUGAGAUUUUUGUUACUUCUGUUUAAUUAGAGGUAUGUUUCCUAUUAAUUAAGCAUGCAUGCUGCCAUUAAUCGAAUAGUAUUAAUAUUAGUUUUGUACAGUGAGAUAUGCCAUUUGUAACGGCGGCAGAGAUUUAUAAAUUGUUUUAAGGCUGUAUUUGUUUCUUAACUUCAUAAUUAAGGAUGUUUUUAUUCUUUUUCUUCA